UCUACGGCGACUGGCGAUGACGUCAUCAUAAACGGACAGUGUUGUCAUUCCUGAAAUGUGGGAAGCGGCUGUCUUUGUAUUUGGUUCUUUUUAAAAGAUUUUCGUCGUGCUUUAACCACCAAGACUUAAAAUGGCGGACUACUGGAAGUCCCAACCAAGGAAAUUCUGUCAGUACUGCAAGUGCUGGAUUGCGGACAAUAAGCCUAGCGUUGAGUUCCACGAAAGGGGGAAAAAUCACAAAGAAAAUGUGGCUGCAAAAAUCUCUGAGAUUAAAAAGAAGAGUGUUGACAAGAUGAAGCAGGAGGAACGUAUGUCUAAAGAAUUUAAGGCAAUGGAGGAGGCUGCACUGAAGGCAUAUGAGGAGGAUCUGAAGAGGAUGGAAAGGGAAUCAAAAGGAUCCGGUUCAUCUGCCCAAACAACAACACAGCCACCCCCACAACCUCAGGCAAAACCACAGGCAAAACCUCAGCCAAAACCUCAGGCAUGGCCCCAGACCAGACCCCAGACCAAAAGACAGCAGAAGAAAGAGAAAGCGAGCGAGAAGUCCAGAGGCCAAAGAGAAGCGCAGGUUUGGGUUGAAGGACAGACAGACGAUGGACACACGUACUAUUACAACACAGUAACUGGAGAAUCUACAUGGGAAAAACCAGAUGGUCUUCAUGGAGAAAACUCAGCCUCUGCACUUCCUGGACACACUGAGAGCACUUCGGGCUGUCCUUGGAUGGAAGCAGUCAGUCCUGAUGGUUAUACAUAUUACUACAACUCUGAGACUGGAGAGACCAGCUGGGAGAAGCCAGUGGGCUUUUCUCCGAAGGAAUCAUCUGGAUCUGGAUCCAACAAAGAGGGCGAGAGUCAGGAGGAGCCAUUAACCCCUCAGGCAGAGCCCGCCUCAGGAGGAGAGGAGAGCUCCAGCGAGGCCCCGGCAUCUCAGGAGGCUCAAGUUCCUGAACAAGCCAGCCAGCAGACCAAUGCCUCAAAGAUCAGCUUCAGGAAAAGGAAAGCAGAAGCUGAGCCAUCAGAAAAGGAGGGAGAAGAUAAAAUGAGUGACGAUGCUCCUAAAGAAGUGCCUGAGGAGAUGAAAAAAGAGCAAGAUGUCCAAAGCACGACAGCUGAACCUGAGAAAGAGAAGAAAGAGGAAGAGGUGGCACCAGUGAAGAUGCGAACCAAAAGGCCGAAAGCCACCAAUCCAUAUGGGGCAUGGGAAGAGAUCCAGGAAGAGGAGGAUCCAUAUUCCAAGGUGGACUUACAGCUGCCUCAAGUGGAGGGAAGCGCCGUCAGCACUCAUGUCGACCUGCCGCCUGAGCCACAACCAAAGUUCAGGGAACGCAUUAUCACUUCUCUUGGAGAGGAAGGCGGACCUGCGUCGUUCAGGAAAAACAAGACACAGAACGGCAAAUCCCGGAGCCUCCGACAGAGAGACAACGACGACGACUGACCCGAUCACAUAGAAAAACUUUAUGCAGUAGAAGACUUUUACACAAAUAAAACUCUCUCUCUCUCUCUGAACUUUUGACAUAUUGAUGAACCUUUUAGAUU